CGACACAAAGUUUUGUUCACAAACAAACGGAGCCAUAAACGUAUUUGUUUACAUUUGCAAUCGAUGGCCCUCAGAUGAAAUGUGAACUAUCUAGACGACCAAUAGAAUAUAUUCGAUACGAUGUCAAAUAAGGAAGAAAAGCAAUAUGGCUUGAUUUUGCCUAAUAAAAAUAAAGCAAGUACGUCACUAGCAAUUCGUAGUUUAAAUCCUCUACAAGAUUCUGAUGAUGAACUUGAAAAAGAUGAUGAUGAUGAGUCAGCCAUCAACUGGGUUGAAGCUUCUCUCAAGAAAUCAGCGGGAAACUCAGGCCAACAGAACUUGCAGAAGCGUAUGGUGCGCGAAGCAUUAGAAGAGGAUGCGUCAGUAUUUCAGUAUGAUGAAAUCUAUGAUGAAAUGCAGGCCAACAAAUCGGCUCAAGCUGCUGCAAAGAAGCAGGCGGAAGAAAAGAAGCCAAAAUACAUCCAGAAUAUUAUCAAACAAGCAGAAAAGAGAAAACUAGAAGGUGAACGAAGGACAGAACGUAAGGUUCAGAAGGAGCGUGAGGAGGAAGGAGACAUGUUCGCAGAUAAAGAAUCGUUUGUUACACCUUCAUACUUAAAAAAGAUGGAAGAGCUGAAAAAAGCUGAAGCCGAGGCGAAGCUUGAAGAAAUGCGAGAAGAAAGGGUAGAUGUUAUGAAACACAAGAAUUUUGGGGUAUUUUACAAUCACCUCUUCAAACAGAAAAUGGGUGAAUCAGAGGUGAAGAAAGAACCAGUGAGUGAUGAGGAUGAAGACAGUAAAAUGGGAAUUAUUAAGAAGAGAGAAGACCCCAAACGACAGAAACACUACAGAACUCAGCGAGAUCUGAGUGAGUCACCAGAACGGGAAAGUAGAGGUAGACCAAAGGCUAUGAAACAAGAAGAUCAUUCUUCUGAUUCAGAUGACGAGAAAGAAAUGCAGAUGUACAGAGAUAGAAGAGAGAAAUAUAAGUCUAUGGGAAACAAGAAAGAUGAUGAUAAAAAGUCAAAGGACAAGGAUGACAAGGGCAGAGAAAGAGGUAGAUCACAAGAGCGAGCGAGAGACAGGAACAAGUCUGACGACAAAGGGAAAAAUGAUAAACGUGAUAAAAAAUACAUACGAGAUAAAUCUCAUGAACGAGAAAGGAAUAACAGAGGUAGACACAGAUCUAGAUCACGAGAACACUAUAGAAGAAGCAGCAGGUCUAAAAGCCCUACUAAUAAACGAGACGAUCGCCGUCGAAGAGAAAGUAGAUCUCGAUCUCCUCAAAGAAGUUCAAAAAAUCAUGACAGAGUGAAGGUAAAAGAAGAACCCAACAAGUCUCCUGAGAGAAAAGAGAGAAGGGACAGGAGAGAUGAAAACUCCAAGCAAGACAGGGAUGAUGAAUUCACACACAAAGCAAACGUAAAAAUUAAGAAAGAAAGUGAAUUAGAAGAAAAAGAGAAGAGAAUGGAUAGAAUCAGAAAAUUGUUCACGAAACGGACUGUUGGAGAAAAGUUUGAUCAAGCUCUUCAAAGAUUUUACAUAAGAAAAGCAGAACGAGAAGCAAAUGGUUAGCUGGAGGCCGUAUAGUUAUACGUAUUUCUGAGGAUAUCCUUAUUGGUUAUCCUACAGGAAAGCUGUACCAGGCAGUGGACAAAUUAUGCAAACUUUUGGACCAUAAAACAGGUUAUCUUUCUUCUUCCCUCUAGACUGCUAUUUUUGUAUUUUACCAACAUGGUUUAAAAAUCAGAAAAUUGUUUAUUAUGAAAAAUUGAUCUGUCUGAUUUGUAUCUUUUUUUAGCAUUGUUGGAAAAUAAGACUUUUACUACAGUAAAACAUGACACAAG